GUUUCAAAUAAAAUUUGUUUUUUUGGUAGUACACCAAAUUCCCGAGACCGAAUCGAAAAAAAAACUUUGUCCCAAACUAUCCAAAGAAAAUUAGUACAAAAAUAAAAUUUUCCCGAAAUGUUGCUCCUUCGAAACCCUUCUAUCCUGACAAGUUUCGCACGUAACUUUCACAAAAUCGCCCUCACUCAACCGAAUAUCCUUAAUCAACAAGUCGAAAAAGUUGACUCAUAUUCCAAAAUAAAAAUCAAUUCUCAAAUCAGUGUUAAAAUCCGACCAUACAAUGUCCAUGAAUGUCAGGACUCCAAUCUACUUCGUGCUACGAUUCGAGGUGCUGCAGAUAGCAAAUCUGACGAUGCCCAGUUAGACGUUAAAAUCCAUGACAAAGAUGUCGAAAUUACAAGUAAGACAUCAUCGACCCGCAAGGAUGCAGAACAGCUUGUCUGUCUUUUAGAGGUGCCCAUCAGAGCUGACAUUCUAAUCGAUACUGAUUCAGAAGUAAGCAUCGCCGAUAUGUACUGUGAGGAAUUGAAUGUGACCUCGAGCAAGGACAUAAACACGAAGAACGUCCGAAGCACCACAAUUGAUCUGUUGUCGAAAAAUGGAAAUAUACAAUGCAAUGGGUUGCUUCUGGGACAAAAAAUCAAUAUAAAAACCAACGAAAAUGGGUCAAUUUUUCUAGAUAAACUUCAAGGCGACUCAAUAAAUUGCCAAACAACCGAUGGAAAUAUCAAAACAAACUCCUGCUACGUGGAGGCUUCCAAGUUCACAACUGACAAUGGAACCUUGGACUUGAAAAACAUCCACAAGACCACUGAAGUUUGUGUGAAUCAAAUGGGAGACUUAUUCAUGACUGGAGUUCAUGGAAAUAUUCAAAUCCACUGCAAUGGUGGUGGCAACGUCAACGUACAACUAUCCGAAAUCGUCGGAGACAACAAAAUCAUCACAAAAACCGACGAUAAUGUCAUUAUUAAUAUCUCCGAUCAAAUUGAAGAAACUUCCUACAUCGAAGUGAAUUCCAAGAAAUUCACUCUCGACGAAUCUCUGUCGCAUUUAUCUGAUUGUGUUGAAAAUGAGAAUCAUUUCCGAAUGAGCAAGGAACAAGACAAUUGCAAUAAAUUGCUCAUCGAAUCGAAGGGUAAUUUGAUUUUGGGCAAACUUUCAUGGGCCGAUAGCAUGAAAAUAGCAAUGGGUUUGAAGGAAAUUUGAUUGUUGGUUGUUGUGAGAUGUUUGGAAGGUUAUGUAAAGUUGAUAUUGAUAUUUUCUUGCAAUAAAAUGUUUUAAAAUUUAUGUUUUGCAUAAAGUCAAAAGUAGAUGAAAUUAACAGCAAAAUAUUUUCACAUUAUUAUGUAAUUGGAUUGUAGAAACAAAAGACAAAAUUAAAGUUAUCUAUUUAUUCACAAAAA